CAUGGGGCUGCGUCGCCUGGGAGGAGAUGCGGAGGAGCCUGGCGCCCAGCCAGCUGGCCAAGCGCAAGCCGGACGGCGCCGACGAGGAUGAGGACUGGUGCCCGCCCGCCACGCCGAAGAGACAGAAACCUGGCAGCAACACGGAGAGUGGGCAAUGCUACAUGUCGCCUUUCCGGAAACCCCUGGCUCAGCUUACCAAUCGGCCUCAUUGCCUUGAUAGCAGCAAACAUGAGGCAUUUAUCCGCAGCAUUUUGUCAAAACCUUUCAAAGUCCCUAUUCCAAAUUAUAAAGGGCCUCUGGGCUUGAGGGCACUGGGCAUCAAGCGGGCAGGGGUGAGGAACUCUCUCCACGACCCUUUUGAAGAAGGAGCUCUGGUUCUCUAUGAGCCCCCUCCACUGAGCGCGCACGACCAGCUGAAAAUAGACAAGGACAAAGUGCCAGUCCAUGUGGUGGUGGAUCCUGUUCUCAGCCGCGUCUUACGGCCCCAUCAGAGAGAAGGGGUGAAGUUCCUGUGGGACUGCGUAACCAGCCGACGGAUCUCUGGGAGCCACGGCUGCAUCAUGGCUGAUGAGAUGGGGCUGGGCAAGACCCUACAGUGCAUCACGCUCAUGUGGACGCUGCUUCGGCAGAGCCCCGACUGCAAGCCAGAGAUUGACAAAGCCAUGGUGGUAGCCCCGUCCAGCCUGGUGAAGAACUGGUAUAACGAAGUAGAGAAAUGGCUGGGAGGACGGAUCCAGCCUUUGGCCAUUGAUGGAGGCUCCAAGAAUGAGAUCGACAAUAAGCUAGCUGGAUUCAUGAAUCAGCGCGGCUUGCGGGUGCCUUCUCCCAUCCUGAUCAUCUCCUAUGAGACCUUCCGCCUUCAUGCCGAAGUCCUUCAGAGGGGCAGUGUCGGGCUGGUCAUAUGUGACGAGGGUCACAGGCUAAAGAACUCUGAGAACCAAACCUACCAGGCCCUCAACAGCCUGAACACCCCCCGGCGUGUCCUCAUCUCGGGGACCCCCAUUCAGAACGACCUGCUGGAGUAUUUCAGCCUGGUGCACUUUGUCAACUCGGGAAUCCUCGGGACGGCACAAGAGUUCAAGAGGCAUUUCGAAAUCCCCAUCCUGAAAGGCAGGGAUGCUGCCGCCAGCGAGGCGGAGAGACAUAAAGGGGAAGAGCGGCUGAAGGAGCUAAUCAGCAUCGUGAACAGAUGUUUAAUCAGGAGAACGUCGGACAUUCUCUCCAGGUAUCUGCCCGUGAAGAUCGAGCAGGUGGUGUGCUGCAGGCUGACGCCCCUCCAGGCCGAGCUGUACAAGAACUUCCUGAAGCAAGCGAAGCCAGUGGAAGAGCUGAAGGGUGGGAAGAUCAGCGUCUCCUCCCUCUCCUCCAUCACCUCCUUGAAGAAGCUCUGCAACCACCCUGCCCUGAUCUAUGAGAAGUGUGUGGAGGAGGAGGAGGGCUUUGUUGGAGCGAUGGACUUGUUCCCUGCUGGCUACAGCACCAAGUCACUGGAGCCCCAGCUCUCAGGGAAGAUGGUGGUUCUGGAUUACAUCCUGGCAGUCACUAGAAGCACCAGCAAUGACAAGGUCGUGCUAGUCUCCAAUUACACCCAAACGCUGGACCUGUUUGAGAAGCUCUGCCGGAGUAGGAGGUAUUUAUACGUCCGACUGGAUGGCACGAUGUCUAUUAAAAAGAGAGCGAAGAUUGUGGAGCGGUUUAACAGCCCCUCUAGCCCCGAGUUCAUCUUCAUGCUCAGCAGCAAAGCUGGCGGCUGCGGCUUAAAUCUGAUUGGAGCAAACAGACUCGUCAUGUUCGACCCAGACUGGAAUCCAGCCAAUGAUGAGCAAGCCAUGGCUCGGGUCUGGAGGGAUGGCCAAAAGAAGACCUGCUAUAUCUACAGGCUGCUUUCAACGGGGACGAUAGAAGAGAAGAUCUUCCAGCGGCAGACCCACAAGAAAGCACUCAGCAGCUGCGUGGUGGACGAGGAGCAGGAUGUGGAGAGGCACUUCUCGCUGGGGGAGCUCAGAGAGCUGUUCACACUCAGCGAGACCACAGCCAGUGAUACCCACGACAAGAUCAAGUGCCAGCGCUGCGUGAAUGGCCACCAGGUAAGGUCCCCUCCGGAGGGAUCCGACUGCACGUCUGACCUCUCCCAGUGGAACCACUGCGCUGACAAGCGCGGGCUCCAGGACUCGGUGCUGAAGGCUGCCUGGGACGCUGCCGUCACCUUCACGUUCCACCACCAUUCCCACGAGGAGCAGCGAGGGAUUCUUUAGCAGGCCGCCUACCCUAGGGAGGAGGGAAGGCUUCUAUGGAAGUCAAACCCAUUUCAGCAGCUUUCUGAGAGAGCCCCACAGCAGCAUAUGCUGGAUCUAUAAUAGGACCACAGUGGUCUGGUUUCUGAGCAGGAAGAGCUUUCUAGCCUGCCUGGAGCAGCGGGAAGCACCUGGCAGUAUUUGUGGCACUGCUCUUUGACUUGGCUAUGGUGCACUUCAUUCACUCAGGACAUUUGAACAGCAUCGGAUCCUGCCUCUAUGCUAGCAGGAUGCUGGUACCACACAGUUGGCAUGGGUGCCUUUUAUACAGGAGAGCCCCACUGCAGGCAGCAAAGUGCC